AUGUAUACAUCAAUCUUCAGUUAUCAAUUGUCACGACCUUAUCCCUAUCGUUGGUUCACCUACGUCGUCUUCCUUGGUGGUGGUGCUGCUGCCAUUGCGCUGUUUUCAGUUAUUAGUCUUGCGGCAAAUGGCUACACCACGAGUCUCACUCCAACCGUACGAGAAGAGCUCAGCACAAGCACCUGGAGCAAUACCUUUGGGAAAGACGUUCUGGCACACGACUGGUUGCAUGUUCGUCCUCUUGGUGGAUAUGGCAACGAAACUCGCGUCACCAAUCUUUCCGACACCUUCACGUCUGUAUCACUGUACGCCGAUGGCCUUGCCAGAUCAGGACGUGCACUCAUCCUAACCGACCUAGGUCAAUCCAGUCCGUCCAAAUUCUUCGCCAGCCCUCAGAAGACAGUUGACUUGAUCAACGCGACCCUACAAUUUCACCAAGAGAACUUGGCAACAGCAAACGCCACAUUAUACUGGACUCCGAUCUGCAAUGUCAACGACACCGAGUCUCUCCUGCAUCCAAAGUCGCUCGACCCGGCCGCUUUCUACGGGUGGACUAACACGGGUAUCCCGCUUGUCCAACCAGCCUACAUAUCCACGCAGUAUCUCUGCAACGUGACCAAGAUGAAGUCGACAGCCUCAGUCAUUUUCAGCGUGAUUGUGGUGGACCUCGUCUACUUGCAGGCUUUGUGGGCGCUGCUGAACUGGGCCGUCACAACACCUCUCCAACGCGUAAAUAGUGAUGCUAUGUACUGUGCAGGAUAUGCGAAGGGGCUCGCUGUGGAAGAGGCACAUGUGGCCAAGGGCGGUCAGACAGUUGUCACUGCUCAAAGCGCAGAAUCACAGCUGCAAGACGAGCCGCAGCCUCCAGUAAAAUGA